AUGACAUUUCAGUGCAGGAGGGGCCCAGCACCUGAUGUGACAUUCUGCAUCUACGGAGUCAUGACAGCCAACUUCUGGCACUGCUUCGAUGCUGAUUUGCAGACUUCUUCUACGGUCAUCGUGCGGUGCCUUCAGCGCAUGACCCGGGGUCCCCUCCUGAACAUGGACACACGGGAGAGCUGGGGUCCUCUGGAGUUCUCGCAAAGCUCAAACUGGCCGCUGCACCUGCUCGAUGUCAGGCUUGUGCAAGACCAGUGGACCCGUUGCAGCGACCAAGCCGCCUCGGUGUCAUCCUGUGCAGGCGCCGCUCUGAGUGUCCCCAAGCUUCGGCUACUGCAUGGCUUGCUUCACACCGACGUGUCAACACCGGCAUCGGAGCUUGUGCUCCGCCAGCUUGACGUUCUGCAAAGGGAUGAUGUAGAACCAUUGCGGGGUGUCAAGAACCAGCACUUUCGAAUGAUGGUGAUCGGCUCCCACAUGGGCAGCAACAUGGAGCCUCUGUCGAUGGUCGAGUCAUGCUUUGCCAAUGCAGGUCUCUCACUGCAUGCGACCGUGCUGGGCACGAUCUACCCAUUCCCAGAGAUUAUGUGUGAGUCCUUUGGGCAUUGUGCAAGCAAUCGCCACAUCGACGAUGCUGUGCGCCUUCUUGUACAGCAGAUGUACCGUCCUUCCUGGGAGCCGCAGCAGCUUCUGAACUUGCUCUCUGCAGGCCUAGAGGAUCUGGAGCAAACAGAUCUGAUCUUGUGUGCUCAACCAAUGGUUCUCUGCUCCUUCCUGCGAAGCCUUGUAGACCAGCCCAUGCUCCUGUACCAAGCCUUCCCACUCGUUGGUGCCACGCCCAAGCGCUUUCGGCACCUGCUGCUUGUGCAGUUGCGAGAAGUGCAAGUCUCGAAUCUGAGACGCUCCACUUUGAUUGCCUACUCAGAGUUUUUGGCACAACAAGUGCAGCGACAGACAGGGCAGCGGCCGCAGUGCAUACGGCCCCACUCACUUUAUGCCUUGGGAGGCAAAGGUGGGGCAGGAGCUUCGACCUAUCAUCCCGACACGGUGAACCCUCGAGUUUUGCUAGGGAGACUGGCUGGAUGGGCUCGGGAUGGUGCCGGCGCCAUGGUGCAGCUGAUGGAAGCCUUUGCAGGGGAAAUGCUGCGGCCAAGCACUUCCAUACGCCUGGUUUUCCUUGGCCUCAGCCGGGAUGCAUCGGACACCGUUGCGGGCAUAGCUAGACCUUUCACUUACAACGAGCUUCGUCGCUUCCGGGCUGCGGUCUAUUUUCCCUGGGACAUGGGCAUGUUGCUCUUCAGCGAACUCUACGCCAUCGGAGUUCCCGUUUUCCUACCUGACCGUGCCUGGGUGGCGUCCAUCAUCAAGAGAAUGCUGGAGUACACAGAUUUUGGGUGGUGGCAGGCCCGUGAGGAGGGUUCUGCUGUGGCACUGCCAUCCUCAACCGAAGUAGCCUUGGACUGGCCAUGGUUUGGAGAAAAUUCGUCAAUGGCACACAUUCUCUCGCUGUAUGAUCUCACAGACUUCGUUCGCUGGCCCUAUGUCACGACCUUCUCCAGCCUUGCCCGCAUGAUGGUCGCGCUGAGAACUGCGGACUUCGAUUCGACGAGCAGGCUGAUGCUUCGAUGGAAUGAGGCAAGCCUGCCGCAGUCUCUGGAUAUUCUUGGACGCACGAUUGCCGCCAUGUUGGACAACACCACAAAUUCACCGCAUGCAGACGCAUCAAGCUGUGUGUGA